UAUGCACACUCAGAGAGCGAGCUGUGGCAGUCGCGCGAGGAGCUAUCGGACGUUGAGCAGGCACCGAAUAUGAGUCGUCUAGGACAGAUACCCGAUCCUGGCGUCGAGCCCGCUUCGUCUGGAUUAAGCAAGGAAGUAUGGAGACUGUACGUGGAUCAAGCGUCUCAGGCGGACGACCAUUUCUUCAAGGCCUGGAACCUGCAGAUGGACAACCUCAUACUCUUCGCGGCCCUAUUCUCAGCUGUGCUCGCUGCCUUCGUGGUCGAGUCGUACCAGAACUUGCAGGCCGACCCAAAUGCUGCUUCCGUUGAUCUCCUACAACGAAUACUUGCGACCCUACACCAUUCCGACGUAUGCAUUAACGCCCUCUGGUUCGCAAGCUUGGUAAUCAGCAUAUCGACAGCAUUCCUCGCCAUCUUGGCCAAACAAUGGCUCUUCAAUCUCAGCGAGGAUUGGGAGCCGACGCUCGAGAUGAAGGGGCGCCAGCGCCACUUCCGCCGCGAGAUUCGCCAGAGGUGGAAGCUCUCCUCCGUGCUUUCGUGGCUGCCAGCCUUGCUCCACGUCUCGCUGCUGUGUUUUCGCAGGCUGGCCGUGUUCCUGCAGUCCAUCAAUACCACUCCUCAUGGCCGUCACUGUAUCAUCUACGUCGCUACACACGCCAUAUCGGUCAUCGACUUUCGUAGUCCCUACAAGACAUCCGUGACAGCGGCAAUGACGAAGGCCGUCGUCUCGCCCUUGGUGGAAAUCCUCGCUGUGCUCUACACGUUUCGCUUCAAGCUCGCAGGCGGUAUAGGCCUGUUUGACGGGUGUUGCAGGCGGCAGCGCAGUGGCGAUCAGGACGAUUCCGAAGUUUCGCAGCGAGAGAUGGCAGGCGUCGACCCGGAUACAUCUCGGUAUAUACGGCUGGUGUCUGACAAUUCACCAUUGCAACCCGAACGCAACUACUCCGACAUCCGUGGGGAGAUGAAGGCAGCAUUCACACAGCUACAAUAUUUAUAUCGCAACUGCGACCAGAUAGAUGCCCAAGUCCUUGCUGGCCUGUUGAUGUCCUAUCAAGAGGACGACUCUCAACUGCUUGCCGGAGAACUCUGCCGCUUCCCUCCCCUCCUCCAACACAGACACCUAUUCAUGGAUACUGGCGCCCUACUCCUAUCUCGACCGCUCAGCCACAUGCGAGUUGCCUACAAGGAUCGAUCCCCUCGUCUAUAUCCUGCGGACAAGGCGAGGAUGCUGGAACAGUCGAUCAUGCUCACCCAGCUGCUGACCGAGGCUGACGAGAACGAUAUGCAAUAUCCCAGUCGGGUCUCGGUCGACACGUGGUCACUUCCUUCCAUGGUUUUCAAACGCAUCGCCGACCUGUCGCUCAUCGGAGACGAAGAUACAGUUCUCGUUGCGUGCAUCUUGAGGCUAAGGCUCUAUAAAGACUACUUGACAUGGGCCGGCGCGGGCAACCCGGAGGCGCGUGUGCGUCUCUUCAUGCGCUGCCUAUUAGACAAAGAAGAAUUGGCCCGCGUCCGUAUUGAACACCUCGGAUUCCUCGUCAACACAGUGAUAUGCCUUGGCAUAAAACGACGCAUAGCUCUCGGCACGCUGGAGUUACGGAGACCGGACGGCGGGCAAGCGGCCGAGACACGGCUCCAUGCCUCGCACACGCUGGAGUUGCUGGCGGAGAUUAUCCUCGCGGGUCCCCGCCUCGACUCCUCUGCACUAUGGCAAUUUUGCUGGGGGAUAUGGUUGAUGUCGAAGCCUGUCCUACUUUCUUUCGUUCCUCGCGAUGCCCUCAUUCCCCGGGUUCACGCAUGGAAGACAAAGACGGCCUUCGCAAAGGCACUUCCAGAGCUACUCACGACGCGUUCUGGCUACUGUGCUUCCCUUUAUGCUACCCUCGUCUUGAUGGAGACGUUGCUUGCGCACGGACAGCCGGAGUGGCACGCACCCUCCCAAGGGGAUGGUAUCCAACCGUUGACCAGGGCAUUCGUAGAGAAGUAUCCAUCCUUCCUGCAGGGUUUCCUCGAUGAAUUGCCUGUACCCUCUGAACAGUUUCCCGCCGAUUUCGCGCUCAAGCCAGACGCGUCCGCGUGGCCAGUCCGUAUUCUUCAAGUAUUGGUACGGAUAUCGGCAUACCUCAGCACGUAUCGUCGCGACACCAACCGCAAGCACGUCGUCCACACCACGCUGGGGAUCGUAGUAUGUGUCUGGGAACACAUGCGUCGGGACAAGAGAACGAGUUACGAACUUGAUGAUAUGUGUCGCAUUGCUUGCGUUACUGCAUGUCAUUUCGCCUCGCUUCACCGUGAGGAAGGGCAUACAUCCGGCUUCGUGCAAGCCGACUUCGCCUUCGACGCAGACGACUUGACAUCCCAGGCCCUUGCGGAUCGCAUCGCUUUCUUGUUACAGGCUGUAUCUACGCUAGAUCAAAAGCUUCUCCACACUUUCUCCGCUAUAUUCUCCUUCCUUGCAGACGAUGCACGCGCGGCUGGCGAGCUACCAGACAACUUGCGAGUCAGUUUGUUUGAUUGCCUACGACAAGCAGCACUCCCUGCUGAUCUGUUCACGGUCCUCUACAGCAAUGUCGCUCUCUCAGUGUAGUUUCGACCGAUAUGGUCGCCGACAACCGAGAACCUCGCAAGAUCCUUACAAUGUACAAGUCUU